AUGGAGCCCAACGACAACUCCUCCCCGGACCUCGAAAAGGAACAAGUCGAAGACCCCCACCGCGGACACGACGACGACGAUGCCUCGAGCGUCUCCAGCGUCUUCACCGAAGCCGAAAUGGAAGGCCCCAUGCGAGACCGUCGCGGCAGCAACGUCUCCAGCCUCUCCCGCACGACCACACAACGCCUUGAACGAGCCCAAACCACCGCGUCGACAGUCCUAUCCGUUGUGCGAUCGAGACGGCCGCGAGGAACCUUCACGCACCCUUUGACACACGAGAAGACGGCGGCGGAUGUGAUUGUGGAUUUCGAUGGGAAGGACGAUCCGUACCGGUCGGUGAACUGGCCUUUCAAGAAGAAGGCCAUCACGACGGCGAUGUAUGGCUUCACUGCCAUGGCGACGACGUUUGCGAGUAGUAUUUAUUCGCCCGCGGUGGGUGAGGUUUCGGAGCACUUCCACGUCGGUCAGGAAGUCAGCACGUUGGGUAUCUCGCUUCUGUUGGUGGGGAUGGGGAUUGGGCCUUUGAUUUGGGCGCCGCUCUCUGAGGUGUAUGGACGGAAAAUGGUCGUUCUGAUUCCGUUCUUCAUCUUCGGAUGUUUCACGUUUGGAGGCGGUGCGGCGAAGGACUUCCAGACGCUGAUGAUCUGUCGAUUCUUCUCUGGGCUGUUCGGCAGCGCGCCUGUGACCAACACGGGCGGUGUGCUUGGAGACAUCUGGACACCGGAUAAGCGUGGUGCUGCGAUGGUUGGCUACGCUAUGGCCGUCGUAGGAGGACCUACCCUUGGACCGAUCGUCGGCGGCGCUCUGAUUGUGUCCGGAAUGGGUUGGCGAUGGACGCAAUACAUUACCGGCAUCCUCAUCAUGUUCAUGGUCACCGUGGACGUUCUCAUCAUCGACGAAUCAUACCCGCCCGUGCUGCUCGUGAGAAAAGCCAGUCGUCUCCGACAUGAAUCCGGCAACUGGGCUCUGCACGCCAAACACGAAGAAUGGGACGUCUCGCUCGCGGAGCUAGGCCACAAGUACCUCGUCCGACCAUUCCAGUUGCUCGGAACCCCAAUCUGUCUCCUCAUGGCCCUCUACGCCUCCUUCUGCUACGGGAUCCUGUACGGCUCCCUGGCAGCCUUCCCCAUCGAAUUCGAGCAAGAACGCGGCUGGAACUCGCUCAUCGGCUCCCUGCCUUUCCUCGCCAUGCUCAUCGGUAUCCUCAUCGGAGCGUCCGCGAACUGGUUCAACCAGAAGUACUACGUCAAGAAGUGGAGAGAAAACAACUUCCGCCCCGUUCCAGAAGCCCGUCUACCCCCUAUGAUGGCCGGUUCAAUCUUCUUCACGGCUGGUCUGUUCAUGUUCGCGUGGAGCUCCUCGCCGAGCGUCUUCUGGCUCGUUCCCUGCAUUGGCAUCGUGCUGGAAGGCAUCGGCUUCUUCACUAUCUUUCAAGCCGCCCUGAACUACCUCAUAGACACAUUCCAGCGCUACGCAGCGUCCGCCGUCGCGGCCAAUACGGCUUUAAGGAGUGGUUUCGCAGCCGCUUUCCCCCUCUUCAUCAGCCCAAUGUUGCACAACAUUGGCAUCAACUGGGGAAUCAGCGUCUUUGCAUUCGUCUCGGCGCUGAUGAUUCCCAUUCCGUACUUGUUCUUCAUCUAUGGCAAGCGCAUUCGAGCGAGAGGUGUUUGGUCCAAGGAGAGUACCCUUUAG